CCGUCACACCGGAAGUGUUUGUCCUGUCCUGCGGACCUUACCUGAUUUGACACAUCUGUGAACAACUAUCAUCAAAGUUCCUGCUCAGAUUCCUCCAAAUUAUUCUAUUUCAUAUUUGUGAUUUUCUGGGACCUGAUUUAACCUACCCGCGCUUUUAUUUGGGUACUGCGACGGGCGAGGACGAUAUUAUGACUCAUUUGAUUUAUAGUCUGUGGACGCUCUCUUAGCAUUAGCAUUUGUUAGCUUUGAGCUAAAGUGUGGAGAAAUGGAGUCGCUUGGGGUUGAAGAUCUGUUCAACUUUCGGCGGUUUCCCAAAGACCCCCUCAUUCUUCUUCUGCUGCUCCUUUAUUCCCCUGUUGGCAUUUGUUUAGUGCUAAUUCGGAUCUUUAUUGGAGUCCAUGUGUUUUUGGUGAGCUGUGCACUUCCUGAAUGUUUUCUUAGAAGGUUCAUAGUGCGGGUGAUGUGCUCUGUUCUGGGGAUGCACGUGCGACAGAAGAACCCUCGCUCCAGAGACAAAAACACAAAACUGUUGGUCUGUAAUCACGUCACAGAGUUUGAUCAUAACAUCCUCAGCCUCCUGACGCCUUGUACCACGCCUCACCUGGAGGGCUGGACGGGGUUUGUGUGCUGGGCUCGGGGCUUCAUGGAGAUACAGGCCUCUGCAGCGUCUAUGGGAGACACUCUGAGGAGAUACUGCUGCACUGACGGCACUGCCCCCCUGCUCCUGUUUCCCGAGGAGACCACCAGCAACAGACACAAAGGCCUGCUCAAGUUCAGCUCGUGGCCAUUCUCUCUGGCGGAGCCUGUUCAGCCUGUGGCCUUACACGUAUCCAGACCUUUCAUUGCUUUGAGCAUCCCAGAGUGCAGCUGGCUGGUGGAGCUCAUGUGGACCUUUUUUGUUCCAGUCACAGUGUAUUAUGUGAGCUGGCUCCCUCCGGUGUCCAGACAAGAUGGAGAAUCAACACAGGAGUUUGCAGAUAAAGUUCAAGAGCUGUUGGCCGCUGAACUUGGCGUUGUCGCAACUAAAAUCACCAAAGCCGAUAAAGCAGAGCACACGAAGAGGAAGAGAUACACAGCCCCACAGGCUCAAACAAGUGUCCGGCCCGGCUCCAUCGGUCUUGGUUUUAUCCAGAGCCUGGGCACAGACGAGCGCAGACUGGCAAAGAUGGCACAGCAGGUCAAAGAUGUGCUCCCUCAUGUCCCUCUCAGCAUCAUCACUAAAGACUUGGCGAAAACAAACUGUGUGGAUACAACCAUCACAAAUUUACUGGAGAACAAAGAGGAGCCCCUGGAGGCUUCUGGGACGUCAGCGUUCAGUUCGACGCUCAGCUCCUUCUCAAGCUCCGCCCCCACCAUCAAGCCUGCUGCCAAAACAUUUGGGAGAUCACCAGCCGACAGACACCUGUCUCUGCAGGAAAGGAAAGAAGCUCUGUACAACUUUGCCAGAAGACGUUACAUUGAAAAGCAUGGACUGCCCCAAGAAGACAGUCCCUAAACUCUGGGUCAAGCCUUUGUUCAGAAACUUGCCGCUGUCUCCUCAAAUCUCAAAUGGUUUUAUAUUCAGUCUCAUUCUCAACAUGUUCACUUUGGUGUUCAAUCCCUUAUUUUGGCUGGUUCAUCAUUUUGAUAACAAUUUGUAUUACAAUCCACUGACUGUGAAUCAUCUAUUUAUUUUUAUAAUGUCCAGAGCCAUUGAUGAGAAUAAAAUUCUGCUUGACCUCA